UCCCUCGAUGAAUUGCCUUAAUAAGUACACGUCAAUUGGAUUGGCCAAGGCAGUCCUGCACACGAAUAUGGCGGCGAGUCUGUCGGCGCUGUUGCCGUACUUCCCUCCGGUGGACUUCGCCAUGGGGUAUGGGUCUGCUGUGUUCCAGCAAUCUGGGCACAACGACUCAACCUCCAUGAUCGACUUGGUGUUGGCCGUGGAAGACCCGCUCGCCUGGCACACCGAGCAGUUGCAGCGACACCCCGAGCAUUACUCUGGCAUCAAGCACCUUGGACCGGAAGCCAUCGUGUACGUGCAGGAGAACUUUGGCGCCGGGUGCUACUACAACACGUUGGUUCCUGUCCCUGGGUCUUCUCAAUUGAUGAAGUACGGGGUUGUGAAGACCAGCACGCUGUGUCACGAGCUGACGGAAUGGUCGACGCUCUACCUCAGUGGUCGCAUGCAUAAACCAGUGAACAUCAUCACGUCCACUCCGGCCAUUGACGCGGCGGCGUCGACGAAUUUAACCAAUGCGCUGCACUUGGCCAUUUUGGGUCUGCCGGAAACGUUCACAGAAGAGCAACUGUUUAUGAAAAUCGCAGGCAUUUCGUAUUGGGGCGAUUUCCGCAUGGUAUUUGGCGAAAACCCGAAAAAAGUGCGCAAUAUUGUGCACGGCAGCCUUGACAAGUUUAAACAACUGUACCAACCCCAGAUUGACACAUCGCCGUUCGUCUGCCGCCUUCACGGGUCGAACCUCCAAAGCGACAUGAGUCCCGAGGCCAGGAACGCGAUGCUCCUGGGGUUGCCGCAUAACAUCACGUGUCGGUUGAGUGAGAAGAGCAGGCUCAAGGUAACCCAGACCCCCCAUGGCAAGAAGCUGCUGAAAUUCGCCGUCAGUGCCGUGGUGGGGCAGUACAGUCGCACGCAGAGCCUCAAGGGUAUUGCCACGGCCGGGGGCAUCAAGACGCUCGUGUAUGUGUGGCAAAAGCUUAGUCGGACGUACCUUGGUAAAUAGACAACCACCACCCGUCGACUUCGAGA